CAGCCUUCCGAGCUUUCACUGCCAGAAUCCGGCGUUAUGGCUGCCGGCAUGCCCCGCGCGGCUUCUCUGUCCCCACUGUUCCCCCUUCUCCUGUUCCUCCUGCUCCUCUCCGCUCCGCAUGGCGGCAGUGGCCUGCACACCAAGGGCGCCCUGCCCCUGGACACAGUCACUUUCUACAAGGUCAUUCCCAAAAGCAAGUUCGUCUUGGUGAAGUUCGACACCCAGUACCCCUACGGUGAGAAACAGGAUGAGUUCAAGCAACUGGCUGAAAACUCGGCCUCCAGCGAUGAUCUCUUGGUGGCAGAGGUGGGGAUCUCAGAUUAUGGUGAUAAGCUGAAUAUGGAGCUGAGUGACAAAUACAAGCUGGACAAAGAGAACUACCCAGUCUUCUACCUAUUUCGGGAUGGGGACUUUGAGAACCCAGUUCUGUAUAGUGGGGUGGUUAAGGUUGGAGCCAUCCAGCGCUGGCUAAAGGGGCAAGGAGUCUACCUGGGUAUGCCUGGUUGCCUGCCUGCAUAUGAUGCCCUUGCUGGGGAGUUCAUCAGGGCCUCAGGUGUGGAGGCCCGCCAGGCGCUCUUAAAGCAGGGGCAGCACAACCUCGCCAGUGUGAAGGACACGGAGAAGUGGGCUGAGCAAUAUCUAAAGAUCAUGGGAAAGGUCUCAGACCAAGGGGAGGACUUCCCAGUAUCAGAAAUGACCCGGAUCACCAAGUUGAUUGAGAAGAACAAGAUGAGUGAUGGGAAGAAGAAAGAGCUCCAGAAGAGCUUAAAUAUCUUGACUGCUUUCCAGAAGAAGGGGGUCGAGAAGGAGGAGCUGUAA